AUGGCGAAUAAGUUUGGAUUAGGUUCUUUAUCUUUAGAAACUAAAAAACCUAACACUACAGCGUGGAUAAAUAAAUCGAAACCUUACUUUGUGGAUCAAAUCGGAGAUACUCUUCAAGGUGAUUUAGAUAUGAACAAUUUUAGCAUAACUAAUUUAAAGUCUCCGGAAAACGAUAAUGAUGCCAUUCACAAGAAAUAUUUAAUGGAACAAUUAAAUUUAAUUGAAACAUUCUUUCAAGCAAUUAAAAGAUUAAACGUUAAAAAAGUUCUUCAUUUUAUCAAUGGUAGAAAAAUUGUAGAAACUAAAGAAUAUGAAAGUAACGACGAAAACAACAAGGUUGAUCACUUAUAUGAAAUUAAAUCGAGUGGAAAAUAUAUAGAUAGGUUUAGAAUGUUAAUCAUACCAGAUAAAGAAGAAGAUUUUCUUACUCUGAGUGAUUUUGAUAUGAUAAUGGAGACUGAAACUCCACCAUCAACGAAUAUUAUUAGAAAUCCAGAACCACAAAAAAAUGAUAUAAGCUUUUAUGAGUUUUUACGAGCAACAGACUUUGAAUACGUAAAACUAUAUUUUGUUGAUAAUGAUAUAUUUACCUCACUCGAUAUUCAUAAAUGUCAACAAAAUCAAAAAUUUUUAAUAAGAGAUGGUGUAUAUGUUUAUAUAUCAAUCUAUAUUGAAAAACCAAAAUUUUCAGUUCAUCUGAAUAAGAUUAAUGAUUCGAAAGAACAAAUAUCAUUAGUAACUGUAAAUGUUUUUAUUGAAGAUAGUAAACACGAAGUAGCUUUAUCAGAAAUUCACUUAAUUUAA